AUGGGUGGACCCUCGAAUGCGGUGCCGGAGAACGAUCCUCCGCCAGCUUCUUAUGCACCACCACAGCCGCCUAUGGGUUUCGACAACCCGAUCCCGACUUACCCAGGUUCUUCUGGGUACAAUCCUUUUGAAAACCCAUCGGGAUAUCCAUCGGAUUAUGGAACUCAUGAUCCGUACCUUACAGCUGUAGUAUACCAUCAUCUUUACCCUCCAGUUUAUCCAACUGGAUACCCAGUGCAGGGUUAUCAAUACCCGCCUUACCAACAACCUCCUCCUCCCCAGCAGCAGCAGCAGCAAACUCAGGAAAUCCUGGAGAGGUUAGAUAGGUGA